AUGUUGAGACAGAGCGCUUUAGGUUGUAGGAGAGGAUUGGCGACGUUGGCGUCGGAAAGCCUUUUGCCCAAGAAAUACGGUGGUAGAUACACGGUGACUUUGAUUCCUGGUGACGGUGUGGGUAAAGAGGUUACCAACUCAGUGGUGUCGAUCUUCGACUCGGAAAACGUGCCCAUUGACUGGGAGAAAGUGGACAUUUCAGGUCUAGAGAACCAGGAAGGUGUUCAAAAAGCAGUAGAGUCCCUCAAACGUAACAAGAUCGGUCUGAAGGGUAUCUGGCACACUCCUGCGGACCAAACGGGCCACGGGUCCCUAAACGUUGCACUACGUAAACAGUUGGACAUCUUCGCCAAUGUAGCGUUGUUCAAGAACGUUCCCGGUGUCAAGACGCGUUUGCAAGGUGUCGACAUUGUUGUUAUCAGAGAAAACACCGAGGGUGAGUACUCGGGACUCGAACACGAAUCCGUGCCCGGUGUCGUUGAAUCUCUCAAGAUUAUGACCAAAGUCAAAUCCGAGCGGAUCGCGCGUUUUGCGUUCGAUUUCGCCCUCAAGAACAAUAGAAAAUCCGUGUGUGCGGUUCACAAGGCCAAUAUUAUGAAGCUGGGUGACGGACUUUUCAGAAACUCGGUCAACGAAAUCGGUGCUAAGGAGUACCCCGAGGUCGAAGUCAAGAACAUCAUUGUGGACAACGCGUCCAUGCAAGCUGUCGCCAAGCCCCACCAAUUCGACGUCUUGGUGACACCUAACUUGUACGGUUCUAUUUUGGGCAACAUCGGCGCAGCGUUGAUCGGCGGGCCCGGUUUGGUUCCUGGCGCAAAUUUCGGUCGCGAACACGCCGUCUUUGAGCCCGGUUCCCGUCACGUCGGACUUGACAUCGAGGGUAAAAACGUUGCCAACCCAACUGCCAUGAUUCUUUCAUCUACUUUGAUGUUGAGACAUUUGGGACUCAAUGAAUACGCCGACCGUAUUUCCAAAGCCACCUAUGAUGUCAUUGCUGAGGGUAAAACCACCACCAAAGACAUUGGCGGCUCUGCGUCCACCACUGAGUUCACAGAUGCCAUCAUCGAAAAGUUGAAGACUUUGUAA